GUUCGCCCCGGAAAUCGAGCCCUUCCCCGGCUCUACAAUCGUUGUCUGCAGUCGGCUGGAAUCUGCUCAGGCGUGGAGAGCUCUGAUUUCUGAGGACUCGGCCCUGCCCCUCAGCGAGGGCAUCAAGUAGAGGACGAUGGCGACAGUCCUGCCCACCGGCCGUCACCAGGAAUCAGUGACCUUCGAGGAUGUGGCUGUGGACUUCACACCAGAGGAGUGGGGACACCUGCACCAAUCUGAGAAGUUGCUGUAUAGGGAUGUGAUGCUGGAGAACUACCACAACCUGGUCUGGCUGGGACUAGCAGUUUCUAAACCAGAUGUGAUUGAGCAGUUGGAGCGAAGGAAAGUGGUUUGGCUGUCAGAGAGAGGUGGCCCAAGAAGCACCUGUCCAGAUUGGGACCCUAGGCCUGCAAUCAGGGAAUCCACUCCAAAGAUUGGCUUCUUCAUGGAAAAACCAUACCAAGAAAGAAUUCACAUGGGUAGUCUCCAUGUCUCCAAGUUUGGGAAAGCCAGGAAAUGUGCUUUAUUAGAAAAACAGCAAAGCAAUAAAGAGAAACUAUGUAGACAUAUGCAGAUCGUUGAAAUGAAGACUUCCAAUCAAGUCAGAGAACAUGCAUACAAAAAAUAUAAUGGAGGCUUCUGCCAAGGAACAAUCUUUUUUCCACAACAUAAGAUGUCUCUGGGAAGGCAUCUUCAUCAGUGUGAUACAGAGCAAAGGAGAGUCAGAUUACAUUCAUACCUGAAUAAACAGAAGAGAAUUUCCUUAAAGAAGAGGUUUUCUAGGUAUAAAGAAUGUGAGAAAUUGUUUAGUUAUGGCUCAGACCUUAAUGAAAAUCACAGGCAGCUUAGUGGAGAGAAAGCACAUUCAGGGAAUGAAUGUGAUCAGACUUUGUCCAGUACCAUAAACAUUUCUCAGAAUCAGAGGAUUCAUACUGUAGGAAAAUGUUAUGAAUGUAACAAAUGUAGUAAAGCUUUUAAUCAGAAGAUAGGACUUAUACAACAUCAGAGAAUUCAGGCAUGUAAUGACUAUAAAAAUGCCUACCCACAGAAAGCUGACAUUACUAUCCAUAAUAGAAUUCAUACUGGAGAAAAAGCUCAUGAAAGUAAUGGAUGUGAAAAGGUCUUCAGGCUGAAGAGAACAUUUACUGACAAUCAGAAUGCUCAUAAGGUCAAGAAACCUUAUGAAUGCAAUGAAUGUGGGAAAGCCUUCAGUCAGAAGGCAGGACUGAAUGGACAUCAGAACAUUCAUACUGGAAAGAACACUUAUAAAUGUAGUGAAUGUGGAAAGAGCUUUAGUCAAAAGUCAAGCCUUGUAUAUCAUCUGAGAAUUCAUACUGGAGAGAAACUUUUUGAAUGUAACGAAUGUGGGAAGGUCUUCCAUAAGAAGAGAACACUUACUGAACAUCAAAAUAUUCAUUCUGGAGAGAAACCAUAUGAAUGUAAUGAAUGUGGGAAGGCCUUCAGUCACAAGGCAGGACUUACCUGUCAUGAGAAAAUUCAUACUGGAGAGAAACCAUAUGAAUGUGAUACGUGUGGUAAGGCUUUUAGCAGGAAAUCUGUUUUUAGUGACCAUCAGAAAAGUCAUACUGGAGAGAAACCUUAUCAGUGUAAUGAAUGUGGGAAAGCCUUCACCAGGAGGACAAUCCUUACUCAACAUCAAAAAAUUCAUACUGGAGAAAAACCUUACAAAUGUAAUGAAUGUGGGAAAGCCUUCAGUCAGAAAAUAGGACUUACCUACCAUCAGAAUAUUCAUACUGGAGAGAAACCUUAUGAAUGUAACAAUUGUGGUAAAGCCUUCAGUCAGAAGACAGGACUUACAAGACAUCAGAAAAUUCAUACUGGAGAGAAACCUUAUAAAUGCAAUGAAUGUGGGAAGGCCUUCAAUCAGAAGAGAACACUUACUGAACAUCAAAAUAUUCAUACUGGAGAGAAACCUUAUGAAUGUAAUGAAUGUGGGAAGGCUUUCAAUCAAAAGAACGCACUUACUGAACAUCAAAAUAUUCAUACUGGAGAAAAACCUUAUGAAUGUAAUGAAUGUGGGAAAGCCUUCACUCAGAAGAGAACACUUAUGGAACAUCGGAAUAUUCAUACUGGAGAGAAACCUUAUGAGUGUAAUGAAUGUGGUAAAGCCUUUGGUCAGAAGACAGGACUUAAUAAACAUCAGAAAUGUCACACUGGAGAGAAACCAUAUCAGUGUAAUCAAUGUGAGAAAGCCUUCACCAGGAGGACAAGACUUACUCAACAUCAGAAAAUUCAUACUGGAGAGAAGCCUUAUGAAUGUAAUGAAUGUGGAAAAGCUUUCAGAGAGAAGACAGGCCUUAUUCAACAUCAGAAAAUUCAUACUGGAGAAAAACCAUAUCAGUGUAAUCAGUGUGGGAAGGCUUUUAGCAGGAAGAUGAUUCUUACUCAACAUCAGAAAACCCACAAGGGAAAGAUUUCAUCAGAACGUAGGAAGGACUUCAUUUGGAAGACAACACUUGAACAUCAGAAAUUUAACAUAGGAGAGAAAAUUUUGGAAUAUAACAAAGGGCUAUUGGCAGAGAAGACAUAUUAUUAAAUAUUAUUCUAUUAAAUUGUGUCUUAUUAAAUCUUAGAAACAGGAAAUAAAACUUAAUGAAUUUGUGAAAGCCAUCCACGGGAGCUUAGAACUUGUCCAGAAUACAAUCCAUACUGGAGAGAAACUUAAUUUCAGGAAAGCCUUUGUUUAGAAGAAGAGACUUACUGAACUUUUUAAAAUACUGGAGAGGAACCUUAAUACUCUGAUGACAUGCUUAGGUAGUAAAGUGUCUAAGAAUACCAGAUUUGGAGUCAGGAAGACCUGAGUUCAAAUUCUACCUUAGUAGGUCUGUGACUCUUGGAGAGUCACUUGAUGUCUCUUGACUUUAGUUACUCCAUCUGUAAAUGAGGGAUAAUAUUAGGGUUGCUUUGAAAAUCCAAUGAAAUAAAAUAUGUACAUGGUUUUGCCAGUCUUAAAGCACUAUCUGCUAGCUUUACAGAAAUGAUUGUAGAAAGGACUUUGUGAAGGAGAUAUACCUAGUGGAACAUCAAGAAGUCAUACAAGAGGAAACCUUUAUGAAUAUAAUAUAUUUUGGGUUGUUAACCACUGGAACUCAGAACUUAUUGAACCCUACAGAUUUUAUAUCAAAGAUAAAACUAAUGAUCAUAAUGCACAUGGAAUGACCUUCCAAUAGGGCAGCAUGCUCUCUUAACAUCAGAAAUUUCAUAGUGUACAGAAGUGGUACAAUGACAAUUGUUGCAAAGCCUUUCACUACAGAGAAUGUAUAAAAGUUUAUCUUUUAAGUCUUCCUUCAUAGAAAAAUUAGAAACGAGGGAGGUCUUUUCUACAUGGCAGAUUGCUUAUUCUGUAUCAGUAGAUCAAACUGGAGAAGAUCAUAUGAAUAUAAUUAACUUGGAGGUAUUCCUCACGAACAAACAGGAUACAUGCUGGAGAAUAAUAUACUGGACUGGAUAUCAUGGUUUCAGUAUGAAGGAGCAUGGGUGGUGGUUUAGCUAAUGAAUGCACUGAUAAUUUAAAAAGGUAGACUAAAAGCAAAUCACUUUACACUGUUCAACUAGCAUCUCAUACAGCCCAUUUCUGGUAAUUGUGCUUAAGGGGAGAAAUUUGAGUGUCAAACCAGGAGUAGGAAAUAUUCAGGAUAGAGGGGUGUUAUUUUGGGCUGCAAGAAUAUAACUCUGCCCUCCCCUCCCCCACCAUGGUAGUUUACUCAAACUUUUAUCUUUAUUUGAUUGCAGAGGAUAGAAUGAGGAGCAAGUUACAAUGAGGUAAAUAAAAGCUUGAUGUUAGGAAAAGCCUCCUAACAGAGAUGUCCAAAAGUAAAAUCAGUUGCCUUGAGGGAAGUAAUCAGUCUCUCCUAACUAGACAUUUUUGCCAAGAUGAAGCUAGAUGACUACUUGUCAGAUUUGUGGUGGUGGGGGGGAUACUAAGUGUUUCAUGUGAUCUGGAUUAGGUGGUUUCUGAAAACCCUUUUUCAAAAAUCCUAUGAUUGCUACGAUUGUUUUAUUUCCUCAGUAAUACUUUCAUCAAGAAUGUGUUUGAUGUGUCCAGUAUUCUUUUUUUAAAAAUUUUAAAACAUUUUUAUUUAAAAUUUUGAUUUUCAAAUUCUAUCCCUCCUUCCCUUUCCUCCCCUCUCCCUGAGAUGGUAAGCAAUCAGAUAUAGGUUAUACAUGUGCAAUUAUGUAAAACAUACCCAUAUUAGUCAUUUUAUACAAGAAGACUAAUAAAAAAAAGAAAAGUAGUAUGCUU